AUGGGCUCGUGCAUGUCAACAACCAAGACCUUUCAAGGCGAAGGGCGCACCCUGAACGAGCCGCCAUCUACCCGCCCAGCCACGGCCGUCGACGCCGGAGCCGGCCGACGACUCGGCAGCAGUAGCAGCACAGCUCCGACAUCGAGUCACGCCCCUCCAGCCAGCAGCACCAGUGACGCGGAUCGAGAGGCGAGGGCAAGAGCGGCCGAACAGAGGAUGAAGCAGCAGGCUGCCAAGGGCGCACCGACGCAGGGCAAGUUGAGUCGACAGCUGCAGGAACAGCAGGCGACCAACCCGCUCGACCCCAAGAACCGACAAGAGGAACCUCAGAGAGUCGUCUUUGAUUGA